AUGAACAAAUUAAAUUUAUUCGAAGACUAAGAAGAUUAACAAAAUGAAAAAUAAGAUAAUUAAAAGAUUAAAUUAAAAAUAAACAGACAAUUUGCCGAUAAAUUUGAGAAAAGAAAAUAAAGACAGAUAAUUGAUUAAGCAAAAGUCAAAUAUGGAGAUAAUUAUAAAAAAAUAAUUGAAGGAGAUUAAUAUAAUGAAGAUAGUAGUAGUGAAUUAGAAGAUGAUUCAGAAGGAGAAUUAUUAAAUGAGAAAGUAAGCGUGAAGUUUAUAAAAACAUUAGCAAAAAUAAGGGAAAAAGACCCAUCUAUAUACAAAACAGAAAAAUAAUUUUUUAAAGAAAAAGAUUUUGGCAAUUUAGACAUAGAAUAAGAAAAUAAGAAUAAAUAAUAAAAAAGAUAUACAUAUAAAGAUAUGAUAUAAGAAGAAGUAUUAGGAAAAAUAGAUGAUGAAGAUUAUUCAGAAAAUUCCGAAUAAUAAAAUAAAUAAAGGGAGGAGACAAGAAUAGAAGAAUAACAAAGAUUAAAAUAAGAAUUUAAAAGAGCAGCACUUAAAAAAAACGAGGAAGAAGACAAUUUAUUUAUUUAAACGAAAAAAACUAAUUAAUAAGUCGAAGAUGAAAAUAAAGAAUUCAAUAAGUUUUUGGAAAAAUAAAAAAAGAGAAAAUUAAACAAAGGAAAGGACUAAGAAAUUGAAAUCCUUUAAAAGUUUUGGGGAAAUGAAAAUAAACUUGAUGAAGCUGAUAGAUUUUUAAGAAAAUUUAUAUUGACUAAAGGGUAUUUAUUUAUAAUAUAUAGAUAUUUUUUAUUUAUAUUCUUGUUUUUUAGUUGGGUUGAUAAAGAUGAUAUUAAUGUCGAUUAAAAGCUUGAAGAAUAGGAUGAAGAAGAAGAUGAUAAAGCAGAUUUAUUUGAAUCUAAAUAUAAUUUUAGAUAUGAAGAAGAAAAUGGAAAUCAAAUAGUGAGCUCUUAUCUUGGCUCAGAUUAUUAUGAUUAAGAAGAUGAAAAUUUAGAUGAACUUAAAGAAUAUGAAAAAAAGUUCUACAAAUAGCAAGAAAAAAAUGAUGAAAAUGAUGACACUUAAUAAAAUAAAUAAAAGGAAAAACCAGAAACUCAAUUAGGUGAGGAUAAAGAGAAUCUUUUAAACCCAAAAGUAAAUAUUCCUUUAGCGUCUAAAAAAAACUUAAAAGAUAAUGAAAUAUAAGCUAUGAUAUAAAACGAUAAAGAUUAAAAUGGAGUAUAUUUAUGGUGGUAUUGUGAUAAUUGCAAAAAAGGAAUUAAACCUGGUUAAUUUAAAUAUGAUUGUGUAUAAUGCCCUGAUUUUACAUUAUGUAAAUUAUGCAAUGAUGGAAAAUUCCACGAGCAUAAUACUAAGAAAAGUACUGUUCCUUAAAAUUGUUAACCACCUUCUGAUGGAGAAAUAUUAGAAAUUUUAAAUUAAUAUAAAGUUUGUAAUUAAUGUUUUAUUAAAUUAGAUGAUUAUUGUAGUUAUUACUAGCUCUAAAGUAAUAAUGAAAUAAUAAUUUGUGAUGAAUGUUUUGACAAAGUUUAAAUUUAUUAAAAAAAACUUUAUGAAUAUGUAGAAGCUAAAAAAGUAAAUUUAGAAGAAUUAGCUUAAAAUAAUCCUGCAAAAUUAAAAAAAUAUGUAAAUGAUGAAGAAAUACAAAAACUUGUAGAUUAAUAUUAUAGUGUUGAUUUCGAAGAUGUUAUUACUGGUGGUAUAAAGACGAGAUUUAAAUAUCUUGAUGUAAGACCUGAAUCAUAUGGAUUAAGUGAUGAAUAAUUACUUUUUGCAGAUAAUCAUAUAUUAAAUAAAUAUGUAUCAAUUAAAAAAUUAGCACCUUAUAGAGAUGACGAAGGAAAAGUUAAGCAAAAAAACCUUAAAAAUAAAUUAAUUAUUAAGUAAAUUUAAAACUCUUCAAAAGAAAAUAAGAAAAUUAUCAAAAAAGAUUAAGAAUAGGGUCUUACAUUUAAAGAAAAUCUAAAAGAACUUAAAAAAAAAGAUAAGAAAAAGUACUUAAAAGAACUUAAAAAAAUAUAGUAAUAAAAAGAAGAGAUAAAGUAAAAAAAAAUUAAAUAAGAAGAAUAAAAAAAUACAAAACCUUAAUUAAUUUUAGAAGAUUUAUCUAAACAAGAAACUAAAAUUACUAAAGAUAGGUUAAAAUCUUAUGGCUUAUGAUUUUUUUGAAUUAGAUAAAAAAA